UCUUCAUCGUCGCUCAUGAUUAUUUCGACGUCACUCGUCUCGUCAUCAUGAACCUCUCCCACCACUGCCUCUGGCAGGUUCCCCUCGUUGGGGGCAACGAAGUCAUCCGUUACCCUGGGUAGGUCCGUUUUGUAUCCUAGAGCUCGAAUAUUGUACUUCAAGAAUAGAUUCGCUUCCAUGUUAUCAGGUUUUAGCGAAAGCCUCUUCGUCCCAAGAACGUUCUUUCCCGUACUGAAUAGCCUCUCCGAUGCAGCACUUCCUGGAGGAGGGCACAGGUAGCGGCGCGCCAAAGUUCCUAGAUGUGGGAAUUCGUUGUGUUUUACUCUCCAGUAUGUCAGUGGAUCCUUUGUCAAGUCAGCUAUUCUUUUUUCUUUGAGGUAUCGUUGUAGUUCCACCCUGUACGGUGCCUCCAUCUCUUCAUCUUGUGAAUCCUGACCCGAGUCAUUGUCAACAAGAACCGCAGCCCAACUAUCUUUGCUGGUUGAAGGUUCGUCUUCGCCACUCUCCACCUCAUGUCUUGGUUCCGCAACCUCCGCUAAAUCGCUGGGAGUGGUAAAUAGGCAAAUAGCUAUUAUGUUAUGUAUAAACUAAUAAAACUAUGUAAUGUAUUACGUAAAUUUAAUCAUCUGCAUUUGGAAAAUCAGUAAAUCACAGACCCCAGUGUGUGAUACUGUGAUAACUUCGUGAGAAUUGAGAAAGCAUUUAAUUUGAAAAUUUCAAAUUAAAUGAUAAGUAAGCCAAGCCCCACCUGAUAAUCAUCUCCUUCGCGAGUACACCGUUCUCCUUCUUCUGGAAACCAGCAAGCUUGAACCUGGGGUCGCAAUACUAUACUGCUUUGUCUUUUCUAUGUCGUACUUUACAACAAAAUAUCUGAAAUUCAGUUAGACUGUUAGUCAUGCAUUACGUGCAUUGAAGUACCGGUGCCUACUUACCUACCACCAUGCUUUUUAAAAAUAAAAAAUAUUAUGUAUUAUCUAACCUCUUCAUUUGCUGUAGGACUUCUGCUUUCAGAGUUCCUAUCCCAGAGUAUGUGAUGGCUCCAAUGUCAAAGUUAAGUUUCUUCAAUAGCGGGAUGACUUUAGCUAUGGAAACGGUGUCAGAUUCUGCAGCUUUCGUAGAAAGGAAUAUGGGCUUCAGAAUGGCGAUGACUUUGUCAACCAGUUAACAGUUGCCAGGGCUCAUCUGAUUGGUUGAAUGAGUUAAGACUUAAGCAUGCUAUUAGCUUAUUACAUCAUAGUAAGUAAUCAUACGAAUGAUACGAUCAUGAGUGAUGACUGAUGAGUCACAUUAUUAUAUCUUUGUAUAUUGAGUAAUGAGUAUAAUAUAAUAAUAUAUUAAUAUGGCAUUAAGAAAUAAGAACUAUAAAUCUAUAAUGCUGGUAAAGUUAAAUUUUCAAACUUGUCCUAAGUUAUAUAAUGACAAUUUCUGCUUGUUUUCAUGCUUGUUUUCAACUUAACUAACCUGUUGUCGUGCCUCGAGUUUCAACUCCGGAUCUUGCUGGCUGAGGGUAAUAGCUGCCUUCUUCGAGGUCACACACUGCAGCAUUAGAUAAUACGAGUUCCAUCGGGUGUCACACGGCGUUAUCAAGGCGGUGUCAGUGCUUUGGUUCUCAUUCAAGAUCCGUUUACCUGUAAUAAGUUUGUGUAAAAUGAUAUCAAUUUAUUAUCUAAUGGUGUGUUAACUUACUGUACUAGAAGUCUAGAACCCGAUUCAAGAUAUUGACUUCAUUUUUUAGUUACCUGUUGGAGUCCGAAGUUUGAUGAUUAAAUUCUUCACUUUCUUCACUAUCAGUUUAACUCCGCUCUGCUGGAAUAUUGAGUGCUUCACGACGAGAGCCAAGAGGUGCAGAAAACAAGCGAUCCAGUUGAAAUCUUCAAAAGCCUUCUUCAUGUUGGCUGCUGAGUCCGAAACGACACAGUGAAGUCUCGCUUCUGGCAACCCCCACUUGUGAAGUACAUAUCUGAUCCGUGUUUUGAUCGAUUCCCCUGUGUGGCUAGCAUUAUAGGGAACACAUCUUAUCACUACAAGUUUUCUGUAGAAAUCCUCUGAAAUGAAGUGGACUGUAACACCAAGGUACGAGUCUAGUGCCAACGACGACCAAAUGUCGCACGUUAUGCAGAAGUAGAUCCCGGCUGUGAUAGCUGUUGACAGAGAUUGCAGCAAAGCUCCUUGAGCAUUUUUGUAGAGUUUCGGCAUCAUCGUACAGCGGAUGACCUUCUCACUUGGGAUGUUAAACUUCUUAUUUAAGGCAGCUAAAAAACUUUGAAAUUGUUGAUUCUCAACCACUGUGUACGGUUGUAGAUCAUCAAAUAUCCAGUUCAACAAGAGUUUCUCGGCCUGGACUUGAUUAGGUGAAUCGCUCGCCCAUUUCUGGUUUCUUGUCAGGAAAUCUUGAAGCGAUGGCUGCGGCUGUUCAAGUUGGUAGAGUCGACUCUUGGCUGCAAGGACCUCAUUAUCCAGCUUCUGCUUCUUAGAUGUAUAUUCUUCUUGAGCAGCUUUCGCUAGUUUGUGUUGCUCCUUGUGCUUGGAAUUUAAGUGGUCCCAAAGACCCUUAACAGAAUAAGCUUUCUUUGCUGCAUCGGCUUUACCUCUCGCAAUCUUAGUAGAGCACAAAGAACAUUUAGCAAUGUGUGGAGUAUCAGCGAUAAUAUUGAAGUAUGCCCAAACCUCAGACUCUUUCCGCUUUGCUGCCAUAGCUGGCUAAAUAAUGAUAAUCUAGGUGUUAGUAAUUAAAAUAAUAUGUUUCAGGUUGCUUAAUGAAAUUGACUGUAGGUACAAAAUUGACUGUAGGUAUAUCGAAAGCAACAAACAGAAAAGAUACGUACCAUUUAUUCUCGUAAAAUGUUUCCAAUAUGGCUGACGAUAGCAAUAAACCGCUGUCCAGUAAAUUCCACUGGCCUUUCCAAAUCCCGCUUAAAUAACAUCGCUCAACAUCACAUAAUAUCAAUGUUCGACCAGUCCCCGGCCCCGGCCCCGGCCAAAAUCAUGCACCCCCGGCCCCGGCCCCGUCCCCGGCCAAAAUCAUGCCCCCGGUCGACCACUGCCUGUAACCUUAACUACGUUACAAAUUUUAGACGCUGUAAUUGUGGGACGUAUUUUAUUAUAUUUCAUUGCGCAUGCGCUUGAAUUUUUCUGUGUUUUUCGAUAUGAUGUCGCUGAACUCCGUCGGUUUUGUAAUUUGUAUGGACUUUUAUUGUGCCGUCCUCCGUAUGUUUGUGAUCAUGAAGUGGCGGCCGUCAAGAAGUGAAGAACGUCUACAUGUUUCAAAUUAUUUUUCCCCGAGCCGACGUGCGAGGGUACUAAUUCCGCCCAGCUAUUUGCACCCUGAGAGACGAAAGCAUUAGCGAAGUCUAAAGUUCAUCAAUGAUCGCGGGCGUGGGUCACUGUGCGUGGGUGGUCAUCCUCACUCAUCUCAUAAUAUAGCGUCACGAAUAGCCAACUGUCAUGAAUAGCCAAAACUGAUUGGUCCAAUUUAAAAUUUGCAUUAUAACGACUGCAUGACGACAGCGAAAUAGCAAACAUUUCUUGAUUUGAUCAUUUCUUGCAAAUAUAUUUCAUUUUGCAAGAUUUUGUAAUUUUGAAAAGCUUUUUGAUAAAAUAAAGGCGAAAAAAUUGCUAAAAUAAGAGAGUAAAGGCGCCGACGUUAACGAAGGUAUAUUUGUUUUAAUAGAACUAAACUAACUUUACCGAUAAACUUUGAGUUCGAAAUAAAAUGAUUCCAAUUAAUUCUCGCAUGCAAAUAACUUUGCUUAUUAUAAUAAAAAGGGUAAUCAAUAAAGAAGCAUUGAAAUAACAUGCUGUCUUGUUUCAUAUUUAUACGCAGCGAUCGGCUUUUAAAGUAAUUACAGUAUAUUAAAAGAAAACAAUACAUCAAUAUUUAAAAGAAUACUAAAGCGUUUUGCGAAGCGUUUGUGGUUGAAUUUUACCUUAAAUUGAAGCUUAUAUUAUGUAUAAUAAUAUACAGUACCAGUAACAUAUGUAUGUUUUGGAAAUUGGUAAUUUUGUAAUUAAAAGUGAUCUUUUUAGGGGAUUUUUCAUUUGUAAAAAUAUUCUUAAAAAAAUGAUCGUGUUACCAUGACAACAACUUUGUAUACUUCAAUGGUUUGUCAGCAAGUCGAGGGUUUCUGCAUGCAUGUAUUUUCUAGUUAGAAUAUUGCAAUGGUAUUUUACCAACAGCGAGGCCGGUGUGAACGCCCGAGCAGGCGUCUUGUUUAUAAAAGAUAUAGGGCCCUACAUGAGACUGGGAUAGGACGAAAAUAACUAAGACUGGUCUUAAGUCAUUCCGCCUACUGGACCGAGCCGACUAACUUGAGACCGGCAUGAAUUCAGGCUGGCCUGAAUGUAAUCACAAAUACAUUGCAGACCGGUCUCGGACCAGAUUUUAAAUUUUUUUUGGUUCCAUACACGAGCACUAGGACACCGAAUAAAGACACACAGAAGGUCGACUCGAGUAUCCGCUGCCAUGCCAUGAUUCAUUCAAAAUGCUGACGCCAUGGUACUAGCCAGUGCGCGUUUGAGAAGCAUUCCCCUUGGACGUCCGCCAUUUUGAAUAUUAUUAGGGGGUGAAUGCCUCUCAAACGGGUUCUGGCUAGGACCAUGGCGUCAGCUCUUUGAUGACGAAUUACGGUUACGCCAAACUCAUUGGAAAAUCAUAGGAAAAACCAAGAAGUAGGGCUUCUGUAUAGUCUAUGCUAUGGCUAGCAUGCAAAACGAAGCUAAAAUACUUAGUUAUACCAGUUUUAUGGGUAACGUCCGUGUUGACAAAAACGUAGCUUGUUUAGGCUCGCUAAUGAUCUACCCAUUACUUUAUUACUGGAUUGCCGUUGAGGCACUAAGUAACAUUGAACUGCCCAUUGAGGCACAAAAUUACAUUGAUCUGCCCAGAAAAUGGUUAAAUGUUUUAGAUUAAAGAUAUAAAAUUUCAUAAACUGUUUGUUGGCAAGCUGAGCAUCACACUAGACAAAUUUAGCUGUUUCUCCGGUAUCUCAAGCAACGGUUUAAGUUCUACCACCUAUGUUAAGGUUACAGGACACCCUUUUUAGCGUUUUGCGGAAAAUCGCUACUGCGCGCUCAAUAUCAGUCCGAUUUCCAUCAAAUUUUCACCAAAUGUUCUCCAGUGCAUGCAAAAUAUGGAAAAGUUCUAAAAUUCACAAGCAAUAAAAUAAUGUAAGAAUUAUUCAGGAAAAUCUUAAAUCGGGGUACCUUUACGCUUUUGAGUUGUGCUCCUGCUGGUUUUAAGUUAUAUUUAUGAAAAUAUCAUUAUCAUACAGUAAAAUAGUUGUUCUAAAAAUUGUGUUCGGAAAUUUUUGUUUAUUUCGUCAUUUCGCUGAUAUGGCGAAUUCUUUGACGACUGCAAUAUAUUUCUGAAUUGUUUGAGUGAAUUGCUCUUUAUUUUUAAAAUAUCCAAAAUUAAAAAAAAAGCCGAACACUAUUUUGAAACUGGCGUAUUUAGCUAUGCCCUGUGAAAAUUUGAGAAAAAUUGGUUAAAACCCGCAGGAGCAUAACUCGUUUGAAAAUCAGUAAUUACCGUAAAAUUUUUCGUGAGAAAAUUGAAUUUGAAUAUUACAUUUUCAAUGUUUUUCUUAUUGCAGCGAAAUGUAUUUUACUAAAUAACUCUGUGAGAUUUCAACAUUUUUCGUUCAAACAUGGUCAGAUAGUAGAACUAGUCUAAUGCUUUCAUUGAAACCAAUAAAAAAAUUUUAGGCAAAAUUAACACUCAAAGGUGUUCUGUAACCUUAAUGCGUAGCUAGACCUUGAUAAUUAAAACUGUUUUGCAUUAGACAAAGUAAAAUAGAAUAUAGCGUUAGACUAAUACCAACCCAGGAUAAUUCUCGGCGGAUUCUGACUUAGCUAAUUGGUCAACUAAUAAAAGUUUGUACAGGUAUUCAGGUUGGAAGAAUUCAAUCUUGCCUGAGAACAGACCUCAAUAUGAGAAGGAGGCUCAAAACGUACUCUGAUUAUGUAGAUUAUAAUUAUACAUUUGCGGCUAAAUAAUAAGUGACGCAUGCAGGUGUUUUCUUAUAUUAGAGAGUUUUAGCUUGAAGUUUACGCCAAACCUCAAACCGCUAACGAAGUUUUUGAUUUUACAACUCUAUAUUUAUAACAGCUUGGCACCAAUUUUGAAAUAUAAACAAUUAUUAAAUUUGUGCUCUUUAGCAAUGAUUUAAAAGAGAGCAAAUUAAGCACUAGUCACGUAUUCGCGAAAGCAGUAAAUUAAGAUUUAGCGUUUGAAGUAUUAAGCUUAAUACCGAACUCAUCACACAAGUAGUAUACUAUUAAUUAUGUAUACUUUAAUCCAAAAAUCCAAAAAUAAAACUUACAAAAUUAAAAUAUAUUAAAUUUCUCACAGUCUCACGAAUCACGAUAUGUCUCACAGUCCCAAUGUUGUUUUUAUUCUCCGUCUAUCAACUAAUUGCUCUUAGGGACGGACCAUUAGAUAUUUGAGGGGGUGGUUGCAGCUUUUUUCCUUGCAGGAUUUUUUUUUGGACGCACAUGUUGUGCACGCUUUUUUUUCGUUUAAUAGUCAAACGCUUGCAAGAAUUUUUUUAUUUGUAGUUUUUAAUAGGGGGCCGGUUACAUAUCUUUGAAAGAAAAUUUGAUAGUGUAAACAAGCCCUUUCGACAGCUAUGACUGCUCCGUUUCCGGCCAGUGGCGUAGCCAGACCUUCAUUUUUGGGUGGGCGAAGUUCACGCCGAAGGCGUGAGAAAUCUAGGGUCCUUGAAAUGCGAUUUCAAGCAGUUUGGGGGUGAAAUCUAGCAGAAUCCCAAAGAUUAUAAAGUACAUCGAAGACAUUAAUUUCCCCAGACAUUUCUACUCGGAAUCAAAGAAAUUGGAAAAGUCACCUUGAAAACAGGAGGAGGGGUCAGUGUCACCUUAUUUCCCCUCUGUGAUGCUGGGGAGAGCAUGUGACUUUGAUCAGAAAUGUUGCAUUUAAAUCAUUCUAGGUUGUAUGCGACACCAUUUCCGCAUUUCUCAAAAUUACGUUGCUCUUUAUACGAAUAAGUCUGAGAAGAAAUAUUCAUGCUAUGAUAGUGCAUACAUGUAUUUAAUUAACAGUUAAAAAUCUAAACUAAAUCUAUUCUUCUUGGAACCGUAUCUACAAGACUACAAAUGCUUUAACGAGAUUUUACAAAUCAAGUUCCUCCAGUAUUAAUUAUAGUUUCAGCUUCGAGCAUGUAACGUGUCCCCCUCCCCCAAAUUCUCUACGGAUUUAGAUGUGCAAUAAAUCAAGGCAGAUUAUCCGCGCUCUCAGACUCGGUGGUUGUCGCACAACUUCUGGUAUAUACUUCAUGUCUUGCAGCUAUAAUGAAUCUAUGUGUGGGAUUGGGCAUAGCCCUAGGACAUGAAGUAUAUACCCUACCUCCUCUGCACGCCAUACAGCCCGUAUGCCCGUUGGCAGGUUUUAUCGCCUUAAUUUGUCAAACUCCUGUGCCUUCACAAAUUUGGAAGCUUCGCAUAAUGAAAUAAUGGGUGAUCAUCAGGAUUGUCACGGCAUUCUAUAUUUUAUAUCCAGAAGUUCCAAAUAGGGGUCCAGGAAUUGGAGUUUACUCUCAUAGGAUGGAUGCUUGCACGAAUUUUUUUUUUCAAGUUUUCUUCUCGCACGUUUUUUUUUAAGGAUAAAGGCUUGCUCGAAUUUUUUUUUGAUUUCUGCAACCACCCCCUCAAAUAUCUAAUGGUCCGUCCCUUACUUCAAAAUGUCAAUCUUGCUAAAAUUAGCUAUUACUUCUUGAUAAAAGUCCCCGCCCCUUGUCACGCCACCUAAUCUGGCCGAUACUAUAAAGUUCCGGUUCAGAUUUAGACCGCGAGUGGUCCCUCGAAGAAAUGAAGGACCGCAGACAACACAGCAAGAAACGAAAUACGCCCACUUUUCGCUCUUGUCAAAUUGGCUCCGCCUUUGUAUAAACAUUACUAUAUCCAAUUAAAUCUAUCCAAUAGGAAACCGUUAAUGUCAUGUUUAUUUUAAUACAGGGUAUAUAAAAAAAGGUAAUCGAACUUCAGCGCGCUAUUGUACGUGAAUCACUCCGGAUAUGAACAUUUGUUUUUCAUAAUCGAAAAGAUGAGGUUUUAGCUGUUGAAUGACAUGUUUCAUGCCAAAUGGAGAAAAAAUAAGCAAGUACGAGUCCGAUAAAAUAUGUUAGUCAGAAUCGCAUAUUACAACGGUGAAAAUAUGCGAUCUGACUAGCAUUAUGCGAUCUGAUUAGCAUUUUUUAUCAGACUCGUACUUGCUUAUUUUUUAUCCAUUUGGCAUGAAAAACAUAUCAUUCAACAGUAGUCUAGGACCUGUAUAUGAGUUUGUAUGCACUUCAUUUACCCCAAGUAAUCUCAACUAUCGGGUAUCAUGUAAUAACUAUCAAGUAAUAUCUAUAUAAUAUAAUAAUAUAUAAUAUAAUAUAAUAAAUAUAUAUAUAUAUAUAUAUAUAUAAUAUAAUAUUAUAUAUAUAUAUAUAUAAUAUAUCAUGUAAUAACUAUCAUGUAAUAUCUAACAUGUAAUAUCUAAUAACUAUCGGGUUACAUGGCAGCAGGCCGGGUACUGCUGACCUCCGAAUAUUUCGAUUUUUCCAAAUUUAAAAUUAAGGCGAAUUUAUUUAAAUUUGUAAUUAAACUAUUUCUAAACACUCCGUUGUUCUGAGAAUAUUUUCUUUGUGCUGGAAACUCAUCGUUUGAUACAUUUAUCGUGGAUUGUUUUAUCGUCCUCGUCUGAGUCGUAAGAUUACAGACAGCGUGAACUCUUGUUUAGUUUGGUUUUACUUUUGAUAUCACUGCUGUGCUGAUCACGGAAACAUAAAGAAAAUUUUUAUUUUAUUGGUGUAACGCUCAUUUCAAGUUCAACCAGCGUUUUCGUGUUGUAUCCUGAAUUAUUCAUCGUUCUACAUAUUUUGACGGUUGGCUUUCACAGUGUUUGUUAUUCGUCGCUUAGUAACAGUACUUUAAAUUUUCCCGCGUGUAUAAAGUACUUUAUUGUAUAUCAAACAGUCUAUCUACAAAUGGUAACUUACGACUGUCUGCUUUGAUUUCAUCCGCUGUUCCUGGUUUACCUCCUAUUUUUUUAUUAUCUCUUGGAAAGCCUUGGAAAUUAUCGUUAGCAAACUACAGAAUAAUUUGUCCUCGCUUGAACUUUCUAUUUGACCCCCGAAAUUCGAGACUUUGCUCCCUGAUAUCUCGUAUAUUCCUCAUCGGCUGCGGGAUUUUCCCUGUCAUUUGUAAAUCAUGGCGGCCGGUCGCCUACUCCACCAGCUCCUGUUUCUUCUUCUUAUCUUCUUACAAAGUGCUAAAUAUAACAUCAAUGGUACUGAAACCUCACCUUCUUUAACAAAAGUACAGAUUGAUUUUAAAGUUUGGCACUCUGGAAUUAACUCGUCUCCCUCAACUGUGUUCUACCGUCGGAAAGGUUUUAUGAAAAGGAGACUAAACUACUAUCUUAACUGCUCUGCUUCGUUCAACCCAAUAAUGGUAUCUGCUAUACGUAGUGGAGACAUACAUCCACAUCCAGGUCCUGUACCCCACAGCGCAAGUACCUCUACCCGAAAACAAACUCCACACUCUUUCUGUCCGGAAAUCAAGUGUCUAUAUAUGAAUGCGCGAAGCUUAGUAAACAAAUCAGCAGAAUUUCAAUCUCUCGCAGCAGACCUGGACCUAAUCGCUGUCACUGAAACUUGGUUAAAACCUCAUAUAUUGGACUGUGAGAUCUUGCCUGGUUUAGACUUUUCCAUUCAUCGACGCGACAGAAAGGAUAAAACUGGAGGUGGAGUUAUGCUAGCAGUAAAGAACUCCAUACAAACUCUUCGUCGUAAAGACUUAGAAGGUGAUGCGGAAAUUGUGCUAUGCGAACUUCGACCUGAAGCCAGGCGUAAAAUCCUGGCUGUUGUGUUUUACAGGCCGCCCAAUUCCAACCUUGACCAUCUGAAAGAACUCAAAAAGUCACUACGCCACGCCUCUCAAUUCAAUUUCGAUCAAAUAAUCAUCUGUGGGGAUUUUAAUCUGCCUGAUAUUGAUUGGUCUACUGGCAUUGCAUCGUCUUCCGAAUCAUUGCACAACUACUUUACUAAAUUUGUCAAAGACAAUUACUUGUGGCAGUUGGUUAACUUUCCAACGAGAAACAACAACAUUCUUGACUUGAUUUUAACAAACAUUCCUGACAAAAUACAUAAUCUACAUGGUUACGACGACAUUAUCUCUACCGAUCACAAAUUAAUCGGUUUUGAUCUAGAUCUAAGGGUCCCUAAGAAACCGGACAUUAAACGCUCCGUCUACAACUUUAAAAGAGCAGAUUGGUCUAGUCUAAACAACUCACUCCAGAACACCUCUUGGGACCAGUGUUUUGUACCUAAUGAUGUGGAUGCUUCUCUCUCAAAUUGGUGUGCUGUUUUUCUAACCGUUGUUAACCAACACGUGCCUAAAUCUAAGACCAGAAAUAUCCAUGAUCAUCCUUGGAUUGAUAAAGAGCUUUUGUCUCUCAUUAAGAGAAAAAACAUGCAAAGACUAAAAGCCAAUAGAUCAGGUAGUGUUCAUGACGCUCAAAAGUUUAAAGAUCUUCGACGCCUAACGAAACAACUUAUCUCGCAAAAAAAGAAGGAGUACGCAACUAAACUCAGAGACUCUGUCACGGAAAACCCGAAACGGUUCUGGUCUUUCGUAAAAUCCUCUAGGUCGGUCAAAAUCACCGCGAACUUCCUUCGAGAUAAUCAGUCUUUUAUUACUGACAGCCGUGACAAGGCCAACCUACUGAACUCCUUCUUCCACUCAGUCUUUAGUCCUGCUCAAGCUACCACUACAACAUCUAAUCUCCCAUUCUCCUCCGACACAGCCUUAUCCAAUAUCCAACUAACAGAAAACGAAGUCUUUAAAGCUCUUGACGGUUUGGAUCCAAGCAAAGCAUGCGGACCUGCUGGGAUACCUGGAAAAGUUCUCAAGAUGACGGCUAACAUCAUCGCACCAUCUCUCUGUUAUAUAUACAAUCUUUCUUUGUCCCAAGGUGUAGUUCCUGCUUGCUGGAAGCUUGCAAACGUUUCACCUGUGUUCAAAAAAGACGACCCAACGCUCGCUUCUAACUAUAGACCCAUAUCCCUAUUAUCUAUAAUCUCAAAAACGUUUGAACGCUGUGUGUAUAACCACUGCUAUCCCCAUCUAUCACCACAUUUCUACUAUCUACAGCAUGGUUUCUUAAGGGGUAUAUCUACGGUAACUCAACUACUCCACGUCUACCAAGAAAUCCUAGAUCUCUUAGCUGGUGGGAAAGAGGUUGAUGCCAUCCACCUAGACCUGUCCAAGGCCUUUGAUCGUGUUCAACAUCACAUGCUUCUGUACAAGCUUGAGCAAUACGGCAUAUCAGGCUCGCUUCUUCAGUGGUUUCGUAGUUACCUGAGUGACAGAUAUCAGCGCGUUGCCUUAGAUGGGAACCUCUCAGACUGGCUCCCCGUGACCUCUGGGGUCCCACAGGGAUCCAUCUUAGGACCCCUCCUGUUUCUAGUAUACAUUAACGACAUGCCAGAAUACGUAGGACAGGGCUCGAGUAUUGCAUUAUUUGCGGAUGACUCUAAACUAUAUUGGCCAAUAAACUUGGCAUCUCACCAUCUGUUGCAAUCGGACCUUUCAGGCCUUCAAAAUUGGA